AUGCAAGGCCAACUGUGGAUGUGCAGAGGACAAGGUGGACGGCCUCAAACUGAUUAUUCAAGUCCUAACCAUAGAAUGGCCCAAAUUCAAAUGAAGCAUGAGCUGGUACUCUUGGUCUCCUGUUUUGACAGGUACUGGGUGGAUGGUGCAAUUCAAACCCCUCGACAGCUGGCGCUGGAGGUUCUGUCCGAUUUCCACCUCACGUACCCUGCAGAGAGGCUGCACUUUGUGCACUCAGAGAGUGGUCAACCAUUUUCGCUCACCAACAAAGGGAUCCAAGAAGUUGUGAGUGUGGUCUACCGUGCGAGUCGGAGUGCAAGAAGGAAGGCCAAGCGCCGUAGGCUCAGAAGGGAACAGCGGUGUGGCACUUUGAGCAAAGAUCUCCAGCGGGCUCGUCCAAAGUAG